AUGCGAGAGGCUACGGCUCUUAACGUAGUGGAUUUUUUAGUCUGCGAGGUUUUCUAUAAGUUUGGAGUACCCGAGGUAAUCCACUCUGACAAUGGACGACAGUUCAUAUCAAGUACAUUCCAAAACAUGAUCUCAGCUUUCGGCAUCUCGCACAUGCGCACUGCGGUCUACGCGCCACAGAGCAAUGCAAGCAAGCGAGUUAAUCAUACAGUGUUGUCGGCGAUCCGGGCGUAUCUAGAGCAAGAUCACCGCGAGUGGGACCUCUACCUUCCGGAAAUAGAGGUGUCCAUACGAAAUGCCAUACACACAGCGACCGGGAUGACUUCUUUCUUUGCCGUUUUCGGACAUUAUAUGUUCCUAAAUGGGGCAUGCUAUAAAUUGGCUCGUAGGUUAGGAUCUCCGGAUGAUCAUGAGAUUUCUCAUUUGCACCAAGCAGACAAAAUACGCCUGAUUAGACAGCGAGUCCAAAGCCAACUACACCAGGCUCACGAAAGAAGUCAUCGGCAGUACAACGCUCGAGCCCGGGUAUUCCAGGCGGAACCCAGCCAAGAAGUCUACCGACGCAAUUUUGUGCUGAGCGAUUCUGUGAAAGCUUUUAACGCCAAAUUUGCAAGAAAGUUCGUUAAGGCCAGAGUAUUGCGGCGAGUAGGCAAUAAUUCGUACCUGCUGGAAGCUUUACAAGGGAAGCCCCUAGGAGUGUUCCAUACGAAGGAUAUACGGGUGUAG